CUCAGUCUCAGACAAAGAUCUCUCCCCAGCUUGUAAGCUAAGCUAGCACUCGUGCUUCACUCGCGUCGGCCAAGCUGAAGCAAAUAAAGGAACGAUCGAUCACGGGACGCAGCCAUGGCGAGGCUCACCUUCUUCGCGGUCCACGCCCCGGUAGCAGCGGCGGCGCCUCCCCUCCUCGUCGUGUUUCUCGUCGUCCUUGUCGUCGCGGCGGUCGUGGUCUCGCUCUGCACCAGCAGCACGCAUGCCAAGCUGUGGAAGCAGCGCGGGACGACGACGGCGCCGCUGGAGAAGACGGGAGGGGCCGGCAACCGGAAGAACAUGCUCGCCGCCAGCCUGAGCGGCAUCGGCGGCAAGGCGGCCAGGAUGGUGUCGUGGAACAGGCGGUCUCCGGCGCCGAGCAGCAGCGACGACGACGAGGAGGCGGAGGCGGUGGUGGAGGACGAGGAGGCCGUGUGGAGGAAGGCCAUCAUCAUGGGGGACAAGUGCCGGCCGCUCCAGUUCUCCGGCCACAUCGCCUUCGACUCCGACGGCAACCAGCUGCCGCCGGUGGUCAAGAAAGCCGACGUCGCGGCCGAGAAGUAACUUCGUUCUAUGGUGGAUUCUGGCGAUCGAUUAGUCUCGGACUCAGGUUUAAUUUUGUUUUCUACGCCGUAUUACUAGUUCUUUGAAGCUAAAAGUUUGGCAUGCAAGAACGUACGUGAGACGCGACAUCAGUUGUACAAAUCUACCUGGGUGUGCUCCUGUUCAUGUCAU